CGCCUGGAAGGGCACGAUGGAGCCUGCAGCAGCUGGCCGCCCAGAAGAGAGGGGGCCCCCCAGAGACGCCGGCGGCAAACUGACCAACGGCGGAAGGCAGCCGGAGCAGGAGGGGUGGCAGGAUGCCAAGGCGUUUUAUGACAACCUCUCCCCACAAAAGAAGCCCAAACUGCCCAAACCGCAAAACGCCAUCACCAUCGCUGUCUCAUCCCGUGCCCUGUUCCGCAUGGAAGAGGAGGAGAAGAUUUACAGCGAGCAGGGAGUGGAGGCCUACGUGAAGUACCAGCUCGACCACGAGAACGAGCCCUUCCUGCCUGGAGCCGCCUUCCCCUUCGUCAAGGCCCUGGAAGCUGUCAACGCCCAGCUGCGGGAGCUCUACCCAGACAGCGAGGAGCUCUUCGACAUCGUCCUCAUGACCAACAACCACGCCCAAGUGGGAGUUCGCCUGAUCAACACCAUCAACCACUACAAUCUGUUCAUCGAAAGGUUUUGCAUGACAGGUGGGAACAGCCCCAUCGGCUACCUGAAGGCCUACCACACCAAUCUGUACCUGUCAUCUGACUGCGAGAAAGUGAGUGAGGCUAUAGAAGCGGGAAUCGCUGCGGCCACCAUCUUCAGCCCCAACAAGGACGUGCAAGUCUCAGACAGCCAGCUGCGCGUGGCCUUUGAUGGUGAUGCAGUGCUCUUUUCAGAUGAGUCUGAGCAGAUUGUAAAGGCUCAUGGCCUGGACAAGUUCUUCGAACACGAGAAGACAUAUGAGAACAAGCCGCUGGCUCAGGGGCCACUGAAGGGCUUCUUGGAAGCUCUUGGAAAGCUUCAGAAGAAGUUCUACUCCAAAGGCCUGCGCCUGGAGUGCCCGAUCCGCACCUACCUCGUCACAGCUCGCAGUGCAGCCAGUUCUGGGGCCCGUGCCCUAAAGACUCUCCGGAGCUGGGGACUGGAGACAGAUGAAGCCCUCUUUUUAGCCGGGGCUCCCAAGGGCCCCUUGCUGGAGAAGAUCCGCCCACACAUCUUCUUUGACGAUCAGAUGUUCCAUGUGGAGGGAGCCACAGAGCUGGGCACAAUCGCAGCCCACGUCCCAUACGGGGUGGCCCAGAGGUACAAGCGUGUGGCACAAGGAAAGCAGGCGCAGCGCGGCAAGUAGAGCCAAGCGGCAGGAUUGGGCUGAACCAGCUGCUGCGACACGGUGAUCAGCAUCGCAGUGGCUGGGUGAAAAGCUGAGCGCAUUUCCCCUGGUGACCAGAAUCAAAGGUGCUGGAACGGCAGGUGCCCCGUUGGCUCCAUCGUCUGGGAGAGGCUUUCCUUCUGCUGGGAGUCACCGCACUUCAUGAAGCACUCUUCUCCAGCGGGCCAGUGUGAUGCUUUGGGGCCCACCCCACCUCCGCCAGGCCCAUGCCUAGCCUUCUCCUGAGCCAGCCUCUGCUGCUGGCCGCGCUUGCCAUCCUGCUGCCCGUUUCUGCUGCUCCACGGCGGCCCCUGCCUCCUCCGUUUGCUCCUGAAUGUCCGCGACAUGCAAAGCCUCCCUCAGGGCUUCCCUCAAAUGUCCUUCCUGCUUCGAAAUUGCAUUAUGCACAACCGGCUAAUGAAGAUGCAUCACUGGGGAAGCCCCCAUUUAGCAUUUGCUUUUGAACAGAGAGCCACUUCUAGUGGCCCCCAUCACGGGGCUGUGCUAGCAAUGCGUGCUCGUGUGUGCUGUUUGGCCCAUGGGGUGUGGCUCGUCUUGGCAAGCAGCUCCAGCAUGGCCUUCCACGCGUGCCGGCUUCACCUGCAGGGAACUGCAGACGAGCCAGGAACGCCCGGGGGGCUCGGGCUGGCCUGCGCUGCCGUCUUGGCUGCAGGACAAAGCCCUGCGACUCGCUCCCUGUCGCGCCUCCUGUCGUCAAGCACCAAGAAGAAGGCAGCAGGGCCCCGUUUCUGUGAGGCGGAAGAGGAGGAUGCUCUCGCGUGUGAACCCGCGCAUGGCAAGCUAUUUUAUCUUUGGGGAAAGGCAUAGGAGCCCGCCUGUGUCUGUGAAAGGGGGUUCAAAUCCCCGCUCCACCAUUGCUAUCCUGGGACCUGAUGGAUGGCUCCUGUCUCAUGCUGUCAGCCUCUCCUACCCUACCUAGCAGGGUUGCUGUGCAGAUAUUUCCCCUGCACACCCCCCACGCACCAUACUGAGUUGCAAGAUGCGCAUGCAGUGGGUCUGGGACUGCCCGGAGCACGUCCGCAGUCGCCCACUGUUUUAUCAGCUUUGCCUCAGGAGGCUGUCUUGAAUGAGUGCAGUUUUCACUGUUGCAGCCACUUCUCCUUUGUGCUCAUGGGCCGAGACAGUCAUGGCAAAAAACGAGUCCUCCGUGGAACCCAGCCGUCUCAGGCUGCACCAUCUCCACUCGCCACAACCGAAGCCGGCCAGGGGCUUCGUUGCCACGUCUGCUGACCUCCUCCUGCGUGAGCAGGAAUGUGACUGCUUGGCCCUGUGGGCGUUUCACCAGGAAUAAACUCUCUCUGUUACCACU